GGUUUUUAUCUCUCCUUCUCUCUCACACAAAAUCAAAAUCACCCUGCAACUGAAAGCUCUCGUCUUCAUCUCUCUUUUCUGUGUACUUUUUUGGUCUAGUCUCUGGCUAUCAUCUGUUCGCCGGAAGUUGAACUUCUUAACCGUAAAAUGGAGGACCCGGCUAGCUAUUGUAGUCUACUGUUCAAUUUCCAAAGUGAAAGAGUGACGUUAUCGUGCCGUCGCGUAUUUCGGGAACUUUAAUCGUAUUUUUGUAGAAACCCUAAGCAAAAGCGACUUUUACUUAGCAGAGUCUAGAAGUUAUUCCAUGCUUUGGCUUACAAAUAAGAGGAAAAUAUAAUACUAUUGCUUUAUAAUAAUUAGAACUUCAAGAAAAUAGAGGGGGUCUUGAUUCUUUUAAGAGUCUCAAAAUUAGAAAAGUUUUGGUAAACGCAGCAAAAUCCUGGGUUUCCGUGUCGUUUUGAUUUGCUGAUCUCUGCGUGGAGUUAUCAAUGUUUCUGCUGCUUCAUUUAAUCGAUGUGUAGAGCAGAGCAUUUUAAAGCUCCACUAACCUCAUUUAAUUACCGGUAGUAUUUUAGGGUUUUUGAGGUUUUUGUGUACUAUAUUUGCAGCGAUUAAUAAUUAAAAAAUGAAGGUGAGGAUUUUAUAGAGUGGGGAGGGUUUUUUCAUUCUAGUGUCGUUGAUCAUAGUGAUCAUGCCUUUUCCGAUGAAGAUCCAGCCAAUUGAUUAUCAAACACUGAAUGAGUCGGUCGCUCACCGGUUCGAGCCAGUAAAGCCCGUGGUGAAAUCGCGAUUGAAGCGGCUGUUUGAGAGGCAGUUCCUGAGAAAUUCAGCUGCUGAGAAGGUCGGAGCCAUCGAGGAAUCGCAUUCGAAGGACGGCUCUAACGAGCUCGAGCCGAGCUCGGUUUGCUUGGCGAAGAUGGUGCAGAACUUCCUCGAGGAGAACAACGAUAAGCAAACAUCGGUUAGGUGUAACCGUAAUCGCUGUAACUGCUUCAACAGAAAUUGUAACGAUAGCUCUGAAGACGAGUUCGACUCGUUUGGUGGUUUUGGAGAUUCUAACCUUUCCUCUUCUGCCGAAGCGUGUGAAAUUCUGAAGAGUUUGGUGCCGUGUGCAAGUGUUUGUGAGAGGAAUUUGCUGGCGGAUACAGCGAAGAUCGUUGAUAAAAACAAGAUCUCUAAGCGAAAAGAUGAUGUUUGCAGGAAGAUUGUUACCGAUGGUUUGUUGGGUCUCGGAUAUGACGCGUCUAUCUGCAAAUCUCGCUGGGAAAAAGCCCCAUCUUAUCCCGCCGGGGAAUACGAAUAUAUAGACGUGAUCAUCUCAGGCGAGAGGCUGCUAAUUGACAUUGAUUUCAGAUCAGAAUUUGAGAUAGCUCGAUCAACCAAGAGCUACAAAUCUCUUCUCCAAAUUCUACCUUCCAUCUUCGUAGGCAAAGCUGAUCGUCUCCAGAAGAUUAUUGCCAUUGUAUCGGAUGCGGCAAAGCAGAGCCUUAAGAAAAAGGGAAUGCCAACUCCGCCAUGGAGAAAAACUGAGUACAUCAAAGCCAAAUGGCUUUCUCCUCAUACGCGAACCGCACCGCCACUUAGCUCAAAGGAAACAGAUCCUCAACUGGAAAGGGAGCAGACUUUGGUUCAGAAUGCGAUCGCUGAGCUUGGACUGAGUUGCCAAGAGAAGAAUUCGGUAGCGGAUGAUACUGAAUUGGGUGGAUCUGUGUAUGCUUUAUCAUCUGAAGGUUCUGUCGCAGAAGACGAGGUUAUAGUGGUGAAAGAAUGGAAGCCACCUGAGGUUAAGCCCAAGAGUUUACAGAUUGGGAUUAAGAUAGUGACUGGAUUGGCCGCAGUUAUUGAAGAUGAGCCAUGAAAUUUUGAUCUUUUUAUAUAUAUAUAUAUAUAUUGAAGAACAGAUUAUAUGAUCAUACAUGAUAUAACCGAUCAAAUCAAAACCCCUUCUGCUUUUUGUGUAAGGGUAUCAUUUUACUGCUAAUAUAAUAAAACUCUCGGAUGAUAUUGUAAGAAGAAUGGCUAAUACAAAUAACAUAAUUUCUUAAGAGUUUUUUUUAUUUUAUUUUGUAAUUCUCCUUCUACUCCUGUGCUUUGUAUUCAGAGUACAGUGUUUUUUUUUUUACCAGAUGAGGCUCAAUUGAUUCUGCAUUUUGUUCCUAUCAAUUGCCAGUCUCUCUUUUAAUCAAAUUCAAUAUAUCACAGAGACGGGGAUUUUUGCGUCAGUGCAAUCCAGAAAGCAACAAGGGAUAAAGGUGGAAGCAGAACAGAAUCUGACGAUGAAGAGCGAACAGACUCGUGCAGUCUCGAGCUGCGUGAGGCGAGGCCUGAAAGAAAACCAUUUUUAAUAUUUUAGUCCACAUGGCUUCGCAGUUCUAUUCCUCGAUGUUUUUAUUUUUUUAUCGAUUCUUUGUACUUAUUCUUUUAUUCUUGAGCGAUGAAGGGUUUGGUUUUUGUUUUUUUUUUUAAAAAAAAGAGCAUUGAAUUAGGUAUUCUGAUCAGUCUUCAACAGUUUAGUGCAGUGGUUAUUGUGUAAUCUCGACUGAGAGGAGAGCAAUUGGUCAUGGGUGGUUGGCUUCUUUCCGUGUGGGCUUUGUGAAUGAGUUAGUUGUUGACUCUUGACUUGUAAUAUUUUGAUGAUCAAUGCUCAGUAAUCUAUAUGCAGUGUAGAAGGGAUUAAGACUA